AUGGCAGUUGUGAUCGAGAAUAAAGAUGCAUUCAAGUCUUGGCUGACAGAGACUCUGUCCCCCAUCUGUGAUGCCGACCCAAAAGCGCUUGCUAAAUACGUGCUUGCGCUUAUCGUCAAGAAAGAUCAGUCCGAAAAGGAAAUUCGCAAAUUAUGCUCGGAUCAGCUUGAAGUCUUCCUUCAGCGCGAUACGGAGCGCUUUAUUGACAAGCUUUUUUAUACGAUCAAAUACAAGGACUACUUGAAGGAUACAAGCAAGGAACCGUCUAAAGACUCGUCUUCGCGAGAUCGAAAACGAGAUCGAAGUCCUCGUCGCCGAAGCCGCUCGCGAGAUCGAGGUGAUCGUCGACGACGGAGCCGUUCGAGAGAGCGACGGCGAAGAUCCCGAUCGCGUGAUAGAAGAUCUCGAUCCAGAUCUCCCCGAAGAAAGUCUUCGGACAAGGUGAACACUCAUCGAGCGCAAUCGCGUUCCCCGCCUCGUUCCAAAACUACGAAGACGAGUCAGAACGGAAGCUCCAAAAAGAGGGACCCCUGCACUGACUACCACGAAAAGGGUUACUGCCUAGCUGGAGAUCAAUGCACCUUCGAUCACGGUGAAGACGCAAUCUCCAUUGACUCCGCCAAGCCGCCACCACUGCCAAACAUGUCUCUUCCACCUGUCCCCCCUAACAUGCCACCACCUCCUCACAUGAUUCCUCCUGGAAUGCCUCCAAUCCCACCGUUCGGUCUUCCACCUGUACCACCCGUAGGAAUACCUCCUUUUGCUCCACCUAAUAUGCCGCCUCCUGUUGUGCAAGGUUUAACAAGAACUAAAAAUGGCAAUGCGCCAGGCCAAAUUUCAAGGACCGUUCUUAAUCCUCAGCAAGGAUGCAGUCUUGAAGUUCGAAAGAUUCCUGUUCACGAAAACACUAUUCAAAAACUCAACGAUCACUUUUCGAAGUUUGGUCAAAUUACAAAUAUCCAGGUAGCCUUUGGGCACCCAGAGAACGCGCUCGUCCAAUUUGCGUCGGCGGAAAUGGCCAACCGUGCGUAUCAAUCGCCCGAGCCUGUGCUUAACAAUCGCUUCGUGCGCGUUUUCUUCUACCGACCGCCACCAGCACAGGUGCAAAAGGGCAAUAUUGGCCAGCGCGUUGCUCGAAAACGCCCUAACUCAGAGAACGCUGAAGAAACCACCGCGAUUGAUGAAACCACUAUCGGCGAAAUCAAGCGAACUGUCACUAAUGUCACUGUCGAAGAACCCAAGAUUGUCGAAGAAGCAAGAAACAAACAAAAAGAGAAGCGAUCAGAAGCUGUUCAAAAGAGCAUCGAUUUGAGAAAUCAGUACACUGGCCUUUUAGAAGGACAACAAGCCGAGCAGAAAAUGUUGAUUAAAAUGCUAGAGAAGGGCAACUUAGGGCCGAAGAAGCGCCAAGUCGUUCUUGACACUCUAAAGCAGUUGACUAACUCCAUUGAUCAACGAAGAUCCUCGAUAAAAGCGCUAGAAAGAGACAUUGAGCUCUCUGAGAGACGUCAAGCGAAGGCUGAGCUGCGGCGGCCUCGUUCUCAACGUUUUGCGCAAACUGCUACCCUUGACCGACGACCGCGGCAGCUGCGAAUCACCGGCUUCAAAGAGAGCGAGCGCGACGAGUGCAUUACGCAUUUUGCCCAGUUCGGAGAGAUCGCCGAUAUCUCGUUCGAGGAGGAAGGUGUCACCAUGAUUGUUGAGUACAGGACUAGACAGCAGGCAGAAAGUGCUGAGAACCGGGGAAAAUCGUUCAAUGGGCGACAGUUGGUGCUUGUUUGGCAUAAGCAAGAAGAAGGAGAUGGCGAAGAUGAUCAGCGGGAUGAACAGGACAUCGAAGAUAUCGAAGAUAUCAAUGACACUCUCGAUCUCGAGUCAACCCUUGAUUCCGCUAAACCUGAAGCGGAAGCUGAAGAAGAGGAAGUAUUGGCAGCGAACUAG